AAGGUAUACUCGUACGGAGGUUGACUAGAGUUGGCGUCUUCGCCUAAUAAUAAUACCCUUGUUCCCCUCAGCUCAUCACAAGUUAUUCUAUUUCAACUUCACCAUGGCACAAUCUAAACUAUUUUGCGGUGGAAUUGAGGUUGCAUCUUUUGUCACAAGCUCUCGCAUCCUUUAUAAAUCAUGGAGUACUCUCUCAUCUCAUAAUCAACACGACGCCGUUUCAUAUGAUGGUGUUGGACUUUCUUGGAAACUUGAUCAACAAUCCUGUUCUGAUUUUACUAUUUUAGCCUUCAAGGCUUCAUUAGAUUCUUCUUCUAAUCUUCAAGCUGAUUUGGUUUCUUCUUCAGAUCUUAGGGAAGACAAUUUCCUUGACUUUGACUUUCUUUGUUCUAGGAAAAAUCCUAUUUUCUUUCUUUAUCAAACUGCAGUCACACUCUUUCGUCAAAAUCAUCAUCUACUUGAUAGCGUGAAAUCUCAGAUUAAUAGUUCCUCUCGACGAACUCCGUUGAUCGUUACUGGACAUGGUCUUGGAGGAUCAAUUGCUUGUCUCUUUAUUAUAUCACUAUUACAUAGCAUUGGUUCAGGAAAGAACCGUCCACUCUGCAUCACCUUUGGUUCACCCCUUGUUGGUGACAAGAGAUUGCAACAAGCCAUAUCACAGAGUUCUAUUUGGAAUUCUUGCUUUAUACAUAUUGUGUCACACAAAGACCCACUUCCAAGGCUCUUCAUUUCAAAUCGAACCAGUACCUACACACCUUUUGGAACAUUUAUCAUAUGUUCCGAUGCAACCUCUUUUGAGAACCCGGAUUCUACCUUGGAAAUUCUUGUGGCAUUGGCCUCAGUCCAUGAUAACAAUCAAGGGCUCAAAUCUUUUGAUUAUGGAAAUAUAGUAAAAAAUCUGUAUCUUAGAGCAACAUGCAUAGAUUUUUCCACUCAGGCUGAUAACAUGACUAAUCUUGAUUCACUAGCAACUGGUAUUAGUUUGCAGUUGCAGGCACUUGGGUUGACACCACAUAUGCAGCAGCAACAGGAGAACAUUGAUAUCAAUACUCUUGAAACAGAGUUAAAAGGAUUAGAAGAAAGAUUCAUCCUACAGAAGAGGAUAUUAUUUGAUCCAUCCAAGAAAUUGAAUGACAUGAAGGUACAUAUGGCCCAUCUUGAAUGGUAUAAAAAGGAAGCUAAGAAUCAACAAAUAGGGUACUAUGACAGCUACAAAAACAUGAACUCUCCAUUUGAUCACGAUGUUGUUGAAUUCCAUAAAAAGCUCACCAUUUACUGGGAAAAGAUGGUUGAAGAAGUUGAAAUGAAGCCUCAAAGAGAAGGUUCAGCUUUUCGUACACGUUGGCUAUAUGGUGGUACUACUUACAGGAGAAUGGUUGAACCUCUAGCUAUUGCUCAAUACUACAGAGAUGGUGGUAGAGACUAUGUUAAUAAAAAAAGGUCCAAACACUUUAAAAAGUUGGAGGGUUGGUUGAUGGAAGAAUCUAAAAAUGCCACAAGUGAUGUAAACAAUACGCGGAGAAACAAUGUGGAAGCUAUUUUGACUAUAGAUUCUUGCUUUUGGGCACAUGUUGAAGAGGCUCUCAUUUUAUGCAGAGAGUUGAAGGUUGUCAAAGAGAAAGAAGAGACACUAAAGAAGUUGUUUGAAUAUGAGGAGUAUGUCUAUCAGUUGCUUAAGGAUUAUGCAGUGUCACCAGAUAUUUUUCUUUCGCAAAGCAGUUAUAUUUGUUGGUGGAAUGAGUAUAAAGCGAUUAAGGGAUCUUCAUAUACUUCAACACUCGCAAACUUUAUGAAUGAUUAUACAUAUAUUAAGCAAUAUUUCAAAGGAGCUUAUGAUUUUCCCUGAAGUGUUUCUAUAUAUGUUGAUAUUUACUGUGAGAAACGAAAAUUAUUAAUAAUAAAUAUUAGAUUUAAUUAAU